CUCGAGUGAGCGAUCACCAGGUGCUCCUGGAACCCCUCCGGAUCACCCCUCCUCGUGCGCACUCGCGCAACCGGGACCGCAUCUUCACGUUCCAUCCGGACGGCGCAGCUGUCCGCCUCAUACUAUGGGCUCCGCGUCUUCGACCGCCGCCACGUCCUCGCUACUCGCGGGCCCUGGCGUCCCGGAGAAGUCCUACGGAGCAGUCGACGAGCCGAAGGCGAGCCGCGGCGACGCCGAGAAGCCCGAGGCGGCCUCGCUGGACGACCUCCCGCCCACCGACCCGGACGCCGGCCUGGACUCUGCCGAGGCCGCCCGGCGACUGCACCAGUUUGGGCCCAACGAGCUGGAGGCACAGCAGAAGGAGGGCUUCCUCAGCAUCCUGCUGACACAGAUGGGGAACCUGAUCUUCGUCCUGACCUCCCUUGCGGCCAUCAUCUGCUGGCUCACCGGCGACGAGGUCAAGUCAAUAUUCCUGGUCUGCCUGGUGUUCAUAGUCUGCACCUGUAACGCGGUCGGCGAGUACUCUGGGCAAGACCCCUCGGCCGCCCUGCGUGCGAUGACGUCGGAGGACGCCGUGGUGGUUCGCGACGGGAAGAAGCAAGCCUUGCCUGUGGCGGACCUGGUGCCCGGGGACAUCGUGCACCUGAGCAUGGGCGACAUGGUGCCAGCGGACAUACGGCUGGAGGAGUGCAACGACCUGCAGGCCAACGAGUCCGUGCUCACGGGCGAAUCCAAGGAGGUCACCAAGAGCGUCCACAAGAAGGAGACGGACUCUGCAUACCCGCUGAACAUGCUGUAUAAGUCGACGGACAUUGUCUCUGGCAGUGCUGUCGGCCACGUCACCGCUACAGGGAUGUCUACGGAGAUCGGCCUGAUUGCCAAGCGGUUGAAGUCACCAGACGGCCAGACCCUCAACGAGCGCUUGAACCCGUUGCAGCGCAGCGUCAACGUGCUGGGUACUAUCAUCGCAAGCGUAUGUGCUGUCGUCAUCGUCACCGGCACGAUCGUCUCGUUCCUCCUCAAGUACCAGGAUGAGCCCGCCUCCUGCGCCAGCGAUGACGACGUCUGCUUCCUCGAGUACGCCAUCGAACGUGGCCUGCUCCUCGCUGUCGCUAUAAUCCCCCACGGCCUGCCCCUCGUGGUCAUGGUCAUGCUGCGCAUCGGCUCGUCGCUGAUGGCUGACCUGAACGCCGUGACCACGCGGCAGUCUGCCGUGGACUACCUCGGAGCGGCGGCGGUUAUAUGCACCGACAAGACCGGCACGCUGACGGAGGGGAAGAUGGCGGCGAAGAGCUUCACUGGCUGGAUCCGCACAGGCGCUGCCCAGCCGGCCGCCCGAGCGGAGCUUGCCUUCUAUCCGAUGAGAGGCCUCGACCCCGCGGGGGGCGUGUUCUCAGCGGCCGGCCUCACCACGAAACACAAGGCGGCGCUGGACAAAGGCGAGCGCAUCGGCAGCGUGCCCGGGCUGCAGGACCUCGGGAAUCCGGAGACCACGGGCGGCGGCGUCGACGGGCUGCUGGCCCGCGCAUGUGCAGCGGCGUCUUUUUUGAGCUGCCAUGGCACGCGGGUGCGGAAGGAUCACGCCAGUGGCGCCUGGGUUGCCGACGGCAACAUGAGCGAGGGCGCGCUCAAGGUGGCGUCCUACAAGGGCGGCUACCGCGAGGGAGAGGCAGUUAGCCAGGCGCUCGUGGCGGCGCACCCGCGCGAGACCAAGCUGGAGGUCCCCUUCUCGCCAGCUCGUAAGAUGAGCGCUUCUGUCUUCCAGCUGUCCGCCGACUGUCGGUUCACGACGCUCGACGUCGGCAAGGGCCACACGCACAUCGCGGUGCUGAAGGGCGCGCCCGACCGCAUCAUGCCGAGCCUGUCUCGCGUGCUCAUUGCAACUGAGGCCGGGAAUGCGCUGGCGGUGUCCGGCGAAAUGAGCGAGCAAGAGCGGGGGGGCGUCGAGGAACAGAAUGGCAGCCUGGCCGACCAGGCGCUCCGGAGCCUGCUUAUGGCGGUGCGGCCGCUGACCCCCGCAGAGGUCGAGCGCAUGCGAAGUGCGGAGGCUGAAGAGAGGCUGCGCACGAUCUUGGCGCCUGGGCCGCUUGCAGUCCUGGGGCUCUGGGGUAUCUUCGACCCGCCAAGGACGUCCGUGCCGCCCAGCAUCCAGAUGUGCCACGAGGCCGGCGUCAAGGUGGUUAUGAUCACCGGCGACCAGCGCCCCACAGCGAUUGCAAUCGGGAAGUUGGUGGGCAUCUUGAAUGACGGCUCGUCCAGCCAGCUGGACCAGCUCGCGCGAAAGUGCCUGGACUUGCACGAGGACAAGGAGUUCGUGAGGAAGAUAUCCCGGGAGCAGUCCAGCAUGUCCGUCCACGACCUCAAAACCAGGAGUUUGUCCGUCCACGAUAUCAAGACCAGCAAGGAUCAGCACGAGAAUGAGUACAAGGCCAACGAAGAGAUCAACAGCAUGACCUCCCAGUGCGUGGUCUGGUCUCGCGCCCAGCCCUCCGACAAGGUGGCCAUCGUGGAGAGCCUGAUUCUUCAGGGUCAUGUGUCCGCUAUGACGGGGGACGGCGUCAACGAUGCACCAGCGCUGAAGCGAGCCGACAUCGGGGUGGCGAUGGGCAUCGCGGGCACCGCUGUGACGAAGAACUCGGCCGACCUCAUCUUAUUGGACGACAACUUCUCCACCAUAGUGGCCGCCGUCGCGGAGGGCCGCAAGAUCUAUGGAAACGUUCAGAAGUACGUGCUGUUCAACCUCAGCAUGAAGGGGAGCGAGUGCGCCACGGUUCUUGCCGCCAUACUCAUCGGCCUGCCGUUGCCGCUCAAGAGCCUGCAGCAGCUCGUGAACAUGGUUUUUACACACAUAGUGCCGCCGAUGUCCCUUGCCCUAGAGGACGCUGAGGAGUACACGAUGAAGAUCCCACCGCGAGUGACGACGGGAGACCUCAUCCUGAACCGCACCCACAUGCUCUACAGGUGGUUUCCGUUCGUCGUGUGCUACGCUCUGAUCAUCCUGCCCUUCUUCAGCGCCUGCGUCUGGGUGCACACUGGCUUCGUUACUGCAGGCCAGCUGAUCGGGUCCUCCGUUGUGGGCGCAAUUGGUUCUGGCGCGUACGCUUGCGAGCUCGCUGGCACCCUUGAUGACUCUGGAAUCUAUUCGGAGGAUAUAAUCCCGUUCCACUGCAAGAUAGCCGUUCGCAUCGACCAUCUGUUCGGCUCCCCGCUUAUCAUCGAGCAGUGGGGCCGAUUGGACGCAGAAGACAUAAGCAUCAACCUGUGGACUGGCAGCGCGGGAGAUGCGUUCGACCGCUCGAAUACGCCCUUCGGUGUGGAGGGAGAGUCGCCUGUGGAAAGCUGUGUGGACGAGGACGGCGUGCAGCGCUGGUGCUGGGUCGAGGCUGGCGACGAUCACCCGGUGCUGUCCCAGACGAAGAACUGCGCGGCGUGGGGCGCCCGGCUGGGGCAGAGCAUGGCGUACGUGGCCAUCACUGUGGGCGAGGUGCUCUCUCUCGUCACGUACCGGACCGAUGGGCCCUUCUGGCGGGCUAAGUUCAGCCGGUUCUACGUUGGGUUCUUGCUCCUCAACCUUUUCGCGCUCGUCACGUGUCUCUACGUUAAUCCGCUCAGCGACGUGCUGGACCUCGCUCCCAUGAGCUGGAACCGCGUGCUGCUGUGCCUCAUCCCGAUAGCUCUUCUGGUGAUGAUGUCCGAGGUCAUCAAGUGC